ACACACAGCUGGAGCUAUCGAAUAGAACGAACCAGAAGAGAGAGCUAUACGCUGUUGACCGCGUUGUGUUUUUGAGAAGUCCCCUAGCGAGAGUUGAAGUCUGCUGAUCAAGAACCGGUCUCUGGCACUCUAGUGGCAUUGUGCGGUCCAGAAUGUUCUCCUGGUUAACGAAAGACGAAAGUCGGAGGAAGAAUGGUGACACCUACGACUCCGUGGUAGAAGGUCUGAAGAAGAUAUACAAGGAGAAAAUUCUCCCUUUGGAAUCGUUCUACAAUUUCCACGAUUUCCACUCGCCCAAGCUCGAUGAACCAGAUUUCGAUGCCAAACCGAUGGUGUUGCUCGUCGGUCAAUAUUCGACGGGUAAAACCACAUUCAUCAGAUAUCUCCUCGAACGAGAUUUCCCGGGCAUCCGGAUCGGACCGGAGCCCACCACCGAUCGCUUCAUAGCCGUCAUGCACGGGGACCAGGAGGGAGUCAUCCCUGGUAACGCUCUAGUAGUCGAUCCGAAGAAACAGUUCAAGCCAUUGUCGAAGUUCGGUGGGGCUUUCCUCAAUCGACUUCAGUGUUCCACCGUAGAUUCACCCGUACUCCGGAGCAUGACAAUCGUCGAUACACCCGGAAUUCUGUCCGGAGAGAAACAACGAACAGAUCGAGGCUACGAGUUCACGAAGGUGUUGGAAUGGUUCGCCGAACGAGUCGACCGAAUUAUUCUGUUGUUCGACGCUCAUAAACUCGACAUCUCGGAUGAGUUCAGACGAAGUAUCGAAGCUCUCCGGGGACACGAUGACAAGAUCCGAAUCGCGCUUAACAAAGCUGACAUGGUCGAUGCGCAACAGCUUAUGAGGGUGUAUGGAGCCCUGAUGUGGUCCCUCGGGAAGGUUCUCAACACCCCAGAGGUUGCACGUGUCUAUAUCGGCAGUUUCUGGGACGAGCCCCUUCGCUUCGACAGCAAUCGCAGGCUCUUCGAAGCCGAAGAACAAGAUCUCUUCGCCGAUAUCCAGAGUUUGCCGCGCAACGCAGCCCUCCGCAAGCUGAACGAUCUGAUCAAGCGCGCGCGUCUCGCGAAGGUCCACGCCUACAUUAUCAGUAGUUUGAAAAACGAAAUGCCGUCGGUGUUCAAAAAGGAUUCGAAGAAGAAAGAGCUCAUCAAGAACUUGGGUCAACUCUAUCAGCAAAUCCAGAAGGAGCACGGAAUUUCCAGCGGUGAUUUCCCAGAUGUGAAAGACAUGCAGGAGAAAUUGAUGAACUACGAUUUCACCAAGUUCCACCCUCUGCAAAAACGGCUCUUGGACGAUGUUGACAAGAUGCUAGCUACCGACAUCGCGAAGAUCAUGGCUAUGAUACCGCAGGAGCAGACCGAAAAGAACACCGACAAUCAAGUCAAUGGCGGUCACUUCGAGAAUGCCCAGGGACCGUUCGUUUUCGGCAAAGGAGAAGGAGCCGACGAAGGUUCUCUGCAAAGAGAAUGGGUGGUCGAGAAGGAGAGAGCGAGAUACGAUGAAGUUUUCGAAAGUCUCAAUCCGAUCGACGGCAAGAUCUCCGGCCAGAUGGCAAAGGAUGAGAUGCUGAAGAGCAAGCUACCGAGCGUUGUCCUCGGGAAGGUUUGGAGCUUGAGUGACCUCGACAAGGAUGGUCAGCUGGAUGCCGAUGAGUUUGCCCUGGCCAUGCACCUGAUCAACAUCAGACUCAACGGACACAAACUGCCCGAUGCCCUGCCCGGACAUUUGAUCCCACCAUCGAAACGAGGAUUUUCUGCGUCAUAGGGAACGAUUUUAAGCAAUGGGAAGAAACAGUGUUAACUUAAAAAUUUAUGCCACAAUUAUACACUCGGAGUAUGAUCACAAGGCUUGUUGCCACAAUCACAGCGCUCUGAAGAUCACGCGGAGUCUCGAGGUGGAGGAAAGCUUCCGCGCUACGUGGCCCUCGGAAGCCACCUUUGUCGAGGGAAAAUUCACGACGGUACAUUCUUGUUGGAGAAACAUAUUUUGAUAACAUAUCUUCUUGGACCGUUUCCUCAACCACGACUCUCGGAUGUUUUUGUACAUUUGUAAUGUUGAUCAAGACGAAUAAACAUAUAUGGAUCGUCUCCAGCUGCGAGCA